CCCGAGUAUGCAUGUACGCCUACCAGCUACGGACUGCUAGGCAAAUACAAACCAGACCAGAGGCCCACCAAAUGCCACCUACCCAUCUAUGUAUGUACGACGGCAUGAUUCAAUCGACCUAUGCAUGCCGCCGAUGUGACCUUGAGAACUCGAGCAUCUUUCUCUUUUUACUUCAACUCCUCGCCCCCACUGCCUUAGUGUUUGAACGGCUUGUACUCAAGUGGAGUAGACUACAGAGAGUUGCCUCACCUUUUCAGGUGCAUUCAGAAACCAGCAAUAGCACUGUUUGAUAUUGUCUGUGAGCAAAGGAGACAUAAGAGAGCUCAUGAUUGCCCAAACAGGAGUCAUAGCCCAUAGUGGACGUUGCUUGAUAUAGUCACAGAGAACCCGUUACCAGUAUGACAGUUGUUUCAUCCACCAUCUGAAUGCUAGAGUUAGC